UGAAAGAGUGCCUUUUCAUCUGGAAAUCUCGAGUUACGGUGUACGUGCAGUAUGAAGGCGACUUUCUGUAUAAAAGGGGAGGAACCCAGUGCGGCUACGCGUACAGGCAGCGAGAACUACCGGCAAGCCAGCACUGAAACAAUCCAUCGAAGACUUGGCAUUCACUGUUGUGUCUACACUCCCCAAGACAAGAGGUAAAAUGGCGCUGUCUGCAGCCGAGCUGGCGACUGUGAAACAGGCCUGGGCAAAACUGACCGCGUCGUCCUUUGAGGACGCAGGAGAGAAAGUGUUUCUUGCGCUCCUGAAGGAUCCCAACAUCAAGGCAAACUUCAAGAAAUUCAAGGACAUCCCCGAAGCCUCUCUUCCGGGAAAUGCCGACAUGCGUGCCCAUGGUAAAAAGGUGUGCACGGUGUUGGACAAAUUUAUCAAAGGUGAUGAGGGAGCUGCCAAGAGCACCGGAACGAUGCACAAGGGCCUGGGGAUGUCGAACGACCAGAUCGGCGCGAUGAGGGGCGCCCUUGUGGCCGUGUUGAAUGACGCGGGAGAGGGCGGUGCUGUGCCUGCCUGGAAUAAACUAUUCGACCACUUCAUGGAGGUCCACAAGUCCGGCUACUGAGCGCCAUCUAGCGUGACCUUCAUGAAAUACAACGGACCCACGACGUGUUUUAUUACGUCCAAAAGUGGACAGGCUUUUCCCCUUCACUAUAUGGCUUUAUUUGCACAGUAGGGGUUUCAUGGGGAAAGAGCAAAAUAGUUCAUAGUUAUUUUUCUUGAACAUCUAAUCUUUCCCGAGAACAGCAAGGCGGGUGUGGGACAUAUUACAUACAGACACAGAUUGGACGUAAAGCAUAUGUUUGUGUGAUUUGCGUGCCCAAAAGUGUUUAAUAUUCUGAGCUGGGAAAGGAUACAACAGUGUAAACUUAACAGUUAAGUCUCUGAGUGAAAUGGUCUGUACAACACGACUAUGGGUGUUUUGAGAUGUUGUUUCAUUGCCGUGAGAAAGUGCUGUUUGAAUAGUCCAGGAGGAGAUCCUCAGAAGAGGCCUAGACAAAUGAGAAACGUGUCGCACCCUGUACAUAACCAAGCCACUAUCAUAGAAUAAUAGUUUGGUGUCUCCCAAUCAUUUUAGGUAUGAUGUUCUAUGACAUGGGUUGGGAAAUCGUGAUUGUAAGCCUCUUUAUGCAAGUCUAUGCAAAUUAGCCUAUUAUGCUCCGAAUCCAAAUCAAAAUAAAGCAGCAUUACUUGAGUAAUGCUUGUCCAAAAAAGUGCCUAGUGAGUUUCUGUGGCAACCGUUGCUACUACAAUAUACCUCCAUAGCAACGGGAAGGCCUAUAACUUUAUACAGUAAUUCAAAGUAUGUAUGUUAAGGCAGAAAUUGUUGAACGUGGUUUUCAAGGAAAUCCAAUUUGAUGUGCCCUCGAUGCAUCGUAUGUACAAGUACGGUGGUUCAAAUGACCCAUUGGUCUCAUUGGAUGCAUUAGGCAGUGUUCAUAUUUUGGAUUUCAGUUUUGAAGGUAUCAUUGGGUAUACAGUGUGUGCUGAUUACGUACAGGGUGUGCUACGAGACGAUUUCUUCUCAAGUUUCUUCUUACGGACUAGAAAAGCUGUUCUCUCAUUGUUUGCGUAUAAUCUAGAUAAAAGGGUUACCUUUUUUUACUUUAGAUACAGGCAAGCAUCGUUUAUACACCCUCCAUUCUGUGCCUUUUCCUACUGACUGUAAUUGUUAAUGUCCUGCAAGUGUAACCAAUCCUUCACAUUAAACUGUCAAAAGUCGUUA